AUGCUCGGACGAACUUCAGGGCCUGCGGCACGGUCCGCCAGACAGCAACUCCAAUCCAAAGCUCGUUUCAUCAACUCUCGCUUCCAGUCCACCGCGUCCACUGCAGCUUCUACUGGUAGUAAUCCCGCUUUGAUCGGUGGUGUUGCCGGUGGAGCCGUCGCCUUCGUUAUGGGAUACACCUGGUACCAUUACUCCGGAGCCAAGACGCUCGUGAACACCAGCAAGCAGACUCAAGCAUACCUCGACCAGGCAAAGCAAACUAUCUCUCAGAAGGCACCCGAGCCCAAUGAGGCAUUCCGCUGGUUGAGGGGCACGACCAAAAGCUACGCAGUCUUGAUCCCUGGCGCGCGCGGCUAUGUCGACACCGUAUUUGACGACCUCGAGAAGAUAAAAAACGAUCACGGAAAGGAAUUUGACGAAGUGAAACAUGCAAAGCAGUUAUUCGAUCUUGCUGGCGACGCCGCGGAGAAUGUCCUCAACGACCAUCCUCAGCUUAAGGAGAAGGUUGGUGGUAGUUUUGAUCAGCUCAAGGAGAUGGGUGACGCUUAUGGGCCCCAAGCGAAGGAGGAGGUGAACAAGACCUGGCAACAAAUCUCCGGCAUUCUUCAGCGCGGCGCGAGUGUCGAUUCGGCUGAAGAUAUCAAGAAAUUGAUCCAAGAGAAGAAGACCAAGCUCGAAAAGCUAGGGGAUGAGGCAUGGCAGAAGGGUUUCGAGGAGUCUCGGCAAUACCUUGAUAAGAGCCCCAAGCUCAAGCAAAUAGUUGAAGACAAUGCCGAUACUCUAAAGAAGGGCAAUUUACAAGAUCUAUGGGACCUUGUCAAGGAGAGCGCUUCUUCGGGGAAGACGGAGGAUGUGGAGAAGUACAUCAAGGACAAGGUUGGUCAAGCGAAGAAAAGCAGCUUGGGCGACCUGGACUGGCAAAAGAUGGUACCUGGUGGAUCCAGCGUCAUCCCUCAGUUACAGUCAUUACAGUCCAUUGCGCAAAAGAGAGGCAGCGAGGCAGAAGAGGUCCUCAAACAGACUGUUGAAGAAAUUCAGGAUGUGUUGAAGAAGCGGAAGGAACAGGUGGAGAAGAUUGCCGAGGAAGGAAAAGAAGAUAGCAAAUGA